AAGCGGCGGCGGCGGUGGCGGCGGUAGCCGAGCGGAGCGUCGGGGGCCGCCGGGCCUCCCCUCCCCUCCUUUCCCUUCCCUUCCCUUCCCCCCUCCGCCACCAUGUUCCGCCGGGCGCGGCUCAGCGUGAAGCCCAAUGUGAGAGCCGGGAGCGGCGGCGGCCCGGGCUCCCGAGGGCCCCAGGACCGGCCCCCAGCGGCCGAGGCAGCCGGCGGCACCCCAGAGGAACGAGCUGGUGGCACGGGUGAUGCUGGAAAGGCUGAUAAACCCGGGCCUGUGGUUUUACCGAGAAGAAAGCGAAUAGCAACGACCCCUAAUCUUGCUAAACCUAGGGUCGCUGUUCCUCCCGCUCCACGUCUUGGGACUUCAGGAUCAAAGCCUUCUCCGAGACAACCGACUCAUUCUCCGACGAGCCAUAGUCCUUCGGAGCCGAAGGAAUCCUCUCCGCCAGAGAAUGCUGCUGUUGAAAACUCUCCAAAGUCUCCCAUUUUACCUGAAAAGAAAACUCCUGUCCCUCAGGUGCCUCAGUUCUCCCCUUUCAAAAAAUCGGCGAGCCAAGAGCCGAGCACCUGUACCGGUAUCCCCAAGGGAGAUGAGGUCCUCUCCAAGAAUGUCCCCGAUAUUCUCAAAGACAGACCCGCCAAGGAGAAUUGGACUCGAGAGGAAGCACCACAGUCAAACCUCCCCUCGGCCCAAGAAAAACCACCACCCUCAGACCGUUACAGGAUAUUUAAAGCCCAGAAACUGAGAGAAAUGCUAAGAGAGGAACUGAAGAAAGAGAGGAAGCAGUGGAAAAACAAAUGUCCUGUAAAUGAAAGCCGAACGCCAGCCGAUCGUUCUAAAAUGACUAUGAGAGACUUCAUCUAUUACCUGCCAGACAGCAAUCCCAUGAAAUCUUCACUGGAACAAGAAAAGAAAACUGAAAAACCCCUGACAUCACUUCAGGCUAAAGAACAAGAAGAAAAAUUGAUUGCUGAUGCUGAAGAGGAAGAUGAAGAGGCGGAGGAAGAGAAUGGGGAUGGUCCACUCUUGGUUCCUCGAGUAAAAGUAGCAGAAGAUGGUUCCAUUAUUCUGGAUGAGGAAAGUUUGACGGUAGAAGUUUUGAGGACAAAGGGCCCCUGUGUUGUUGAAGAAAAUGAUCCCAUCUUUGAACGUGGCUCUACAACUACCUAUUCUAGUUUCAGGAGGAGUUACUACUCCAAACCAUGGUCAAACAAAGAAACGGACAUGUUCUUUUUAGCCAUCAGCAUGGUAGGAACGGACUUUUCCAUGAUCGGCCAGCUGUUUCCUCACAGAGCAAGGAUAGAAAUUAAGAACAAGUUUAAACGGGAGGAAAAAACAAAUGGUUGGAGAAUUGACAAAGCAUUUCAGGAAAAGCGCCCGUUUGACUUCAAUUUCUUCGCUCGCUUGCUUGAGAAGGUCCUUGCAGAAGAAGAAAGAAGGAAACAAAAGACUGUUAAAAGUCAAAGCUCAAAAGAGAAAAAACCUUCCAAACCUCAGAAAAAACCCAAAGAAAAGGUUGUCAGUACAGAGGUGGAUACUGAGGCAAAUGGUUCACCGAGUGUUGGAAUUGUGAACACAGAAGGAACCGAAAAUGCCGAAACUGUUGAGAGAGAGAAUGAACAGUCUCUGGAUGUUUCAGGACAGGUAGAAGGGCAGACGACAAUAGAACCAGCUGUAGCCAAGAAGAAGAGAAAAAGAAAGAAAAAUGUUGAUAAUGAUGAGCAGGAAAUGGAAAAUCUUUCAGUGGAGACCUGUGGCCCUUCAGACCGUUCUACUGAGGAAAAAACCACUAAGAAGAAGAAAUGUCAUCCCAUCGAACCAGUACUCUCUGGUUCAGAAGUCCCAGAUGAGCAAGUUGCCUUGGAGGAGCAAGUUUCAAGUACAGAUGUACCAUUGAGUGAAGAAGUGGAAAAUGAAACCAAUCUCGCCAGUUCAACAAGCAGUCAGGAUAGGAGUGUCCCAUCAGUAACCGCCGAAUCUGCUGAGCCAGAUACUUCGUGUUUGCCCCCUUCAAAACCAUUGGCUAAGAUACUUGAAAAAACUGAAAGUAGUGAUAGUGGAGAAAGACCUCAGGAUACUGAAACUCAAGGGCCGGAAAAUGAAAAGACUGAAGGUCAUAAGCCAGCAGUGAGAGGCCGUCUUCAAAGACCUAAACCUAACUUGUCAAGAGCAAUUGGGAAGAAAGCAAGACCUCCUCAAGACAAAGCUGAAGCAGAGAACCAGAUUUCUUUUCCAGCACCUCCAGGGGAUACUGAUAAGUGUCUUUUGGAAAAAAAUGAGACUAGUACUCCCGGAAGUACCGAAAAGGAGAUCUCAGAAAGAGAAAGCAAAGAUGACCCAUCUGGAAGCAACACAUCGGAAAUUCCUGGAGAAAACACCCCGGAAAGAGAAGACAAGGAGGUCGAAACGAAGUCUCAGAAAACAGAAAAUGUUGCUUCUGAUAAACAAGGAGCGACGGGCUCCCCGCAGAAAGUCACAUCCAGUGGAGAAAAAGCCCUCGAGAAGAUGGAUGUCCCCCUCCUUGAUGUCGAAGAUGGCAAGAACGUUCCAGCAGGACUCGCGGCAGGAGUUGAAAAGAAUGCUGAUGAACUUGGCACUGCAGGAGAAGAGGCUACAAAAGAACACGACAUAGUGCCAGAAACUGAGGCCGCUAUCAUUCAGGAAAACCGAAGAGCAGAUUCUGAAGAAGAAAAGAAGUUAGAUGCAGUCAAGCCGGCCCCCAUUGGACGAAGCAGAUUCCAAAGACCAAAGCCAAAUUUGGGGAGAGCUAUUGGGAGAAAAGAAGUGGAGAGCAAGAUCAAAGCAAAAACCUUAGGGCUAGAACAUAAUGCAAGCUUGCCCUCUUCACCAAAACCUUCAUCUGAAAAAGAAGAGGAGAUUCUUUCAGGCUCUCAGACAUCUGAAAAAGUCUGCUCAGCAGUACCUGUCAAGAUAAGCUCUUCUCAGGAAAAGAGCGAGAGUUUGACAAAAUUGCCAACACCUGAAGCAUCAGUGGAAUGUGGUGGUCAUCUAGAACAGUCUUCAAGUCCUGCACAGACUUCUCUGGAGGAAGAUCCGGUUCAACCUCUAAGCUCCAGGGUAAAGUCCAGUUCACAAGAAGGCAAAAGGCCAGGUGCUGUCCAACCAGCACGGCUACUGAGGGGUCGAAUGCAAAGGCUGAAGCCAAAUGUAGAAAGGGCUGUUAGCAGGCUAAAAGUGCCCGUGAUCCAGGAGAAAACUGGAACUGAGGAAGAAGAGAAAAUCAUCCAGCCGGAGAACCAGUCCACCAUUCUUCCCACCCCAGAUACUGCACUGCAAAUUGAAGAAGAGCCUCCAUCCAAAAACACAGAUUGCCAGAUUAGGCCAGAGGCUGAGAAAGAGGUCCUGUGUCCCCUCACUAUCCAGAGUGACAGUGAGCUGAAGGCCUCAAAAACAAUUUCCAAUUGUGAGGAAGUACCAAGUCAGAAGGAGGAUUUCAGCAAGGAAACUGUUCUGGGAGAGCCUUCUCAGAAAUCUCCAAGUGUUCAAGAAGGCAACAAACUAAGUCGCCUUAAACCAACAUUACCAGCAAGGAGCCGGUUUCCGAGGCCAAAACCAAAGAUAGGAAGAGCGUCUGGCCACAAAGAAAGUAGCAUUCCGGAAAAGACGUUAACAGAAGAGAUGAGUGUAAUCGAGACAACUGAGAUUACUUUGAAGCCACAUGAAGAGGAAUGCAUUUCUGGUCCUUCUAUAGGUAGCAAACCAAGUUGUGAAGUCCCAUCAUCCUUGGGAGCAUUUCUGGAAACAGUUACAGCUAGCUCCGAAAAGGAUCCUGGAGUUCAGACGAGAACGAAGUCUUUAGAGGAGCCAGUGGGCUCAGAGGGCUGUGAAGAAAUCAAGGGAACUCAAUCUGAAGAUGUUCUAGAGAAGGCUUCUGAUGCUUCUAAAAGUCCUAACAGCAAGUCCCUUCCUCUAAAAGAAACUCAGGCUAUAACUCAGCCAACAGCACUGGAGGAUGAUUGGUUCAAAAGACCAAAUCCAGACUUCAGAAAGGGAGCUGAAGAAAUGGUCCCUUCAGAAACAGGAGAACAUGGGCUAGGGGAGAAAGUGGAAAUAGAAGAACCGGAAAAGAAUUUAACUCAAAAGGCUGAUGAACCAGAGGAUGCCCUCACUUCAAUUGCUGAUGCAACCAAAUGUUCCCUAAAGACACUCGGAACAGACGAGACGAAUCUUGAGAAAAUACAGAGUUGUGAAACCAAAAAGGAGGCCUUGCCUCAAGACAACCAGCAAAAUGUGUUCGAUGUUGUUGCAGGGUCCAAUAUCCCCAACAAUUCCCAGGAAGACAGUAAGAUCGGUGCUCUUCAUCCUGCUUCUCAAGCAAGGGGCCAACUCCUGUGCCCCCAGCCAUCUGUCCAAACACCAGGACAGACGGGAGCUACCAUAGACAAAGAUGGUGUGGCGGAAAAGCCUGAGCAAGGUGGAGCCACCCCGCAGAAGGAUGAAUCUGACCAUUUUCCCCCGACUCUGCCAGAGUCAAGAUGUGAAAGCAAAGCUGGGUCCUCUGCCAUUUCAGUCCAUAAAGUGUGUGAGAGCGAAAACCAGAAAGCGGUGGAAGGAAGUCUUCAGUUGGGCAGUAUCUCUAAUGAGGUUGCAAAUGAGGACUCAAAGGAAGUCUCAAAUGAAAUAAUUCAAGAGGAGUGCAAACCUGAUGCCGGGAAACCAGCCCAGAUGAAGAGGCGACGAUUGCAAAAAGUUAAGCCAAAUGUGAGGGUAGCUUGCCGGAAAAAAGAGGAGCCGGAAGCUGAAAAGAAUGCUGUUGAGACAGGGGAGAAGGAAGUGAGAAAACCAGAAGAAAAAAAACCAGAAGAACAAGAAGAUCCUGAUACCCAGCUCUCCCUGAAAGAGAAAACCGAGCUUCUUACCUCUUUGGGAGUCUCAGUAAGAAAAGAUCACAUAAGUUCCGGAGAGGCCUUCUCGCCACCAAAAGAACCUCAUUCCUCAGACAAGUUGAUAGAAUUGACCGGUCAGGAACAUCAAGAAGGUCCUUCUUUGCCUCAAGUUGUUGAAGAAAGGUUAUCCAAAAGACCUCUGAGAAAGAACAGCAGAUUGAUUCUUCAGGAAGAAAGUCAAAAGGGAGUCUCUAGACCUGCCCCACUCCUGAGGGGCCGACUACAAAGGCCGAAGCCUAACCUCCAAAGAGCAACUCCGAGGAAUCGAGCUCCUUCUAUGGAAAUCUUGGGCGAGGCUGGGACCUCAGGUGGUGUGCAGGGUCCAGGUGGCAGCAGUUUGGGAAAACCAGACUUCGGACCAGCCCAUUCAGGUAAUCAAAUGGACCUGGCAUCAACCUCACAAGCUGUAAAGGAAGUCAGUCCGGCACAUUCAGUGGAAAUAAUGUUCCGUAAAAGAAAUAGGCCUGGGAACACCCCUUUGUCUCCAGGGAGAUCGGCAGUGUGUGCUGACCAACCAGCGCUCAAGGGAGAAUCUCUGGCCUUCCCUCCUGGGGAGAAAGCGACUUGGAAAAGGAUAAGAUAUAUCCAACACCCUAAAGAGCCACCUGGCCUUAAAACAGCUCUGGGUCAAAGGGCAGCUACUCCUUCGGCUUCAGAAUGUGAAUCCGAUCGCAGAGAAAAAAGGAGACCCCGUCCAAAGGCGAAACCAAAUGUCACGAAACGGCGAGGGGCCAAACGUCCCCGCGGCAAGGCCUCUGGGAAAGAAACUAGAAGCUCCCGAGCGGUGCUGGUGACUCUCCGAGCUUCCCAGGAGCAAGGGGAGGACGAGGCAGACGACACUGAGUCCGACUAUGAAAGUGAACGUUAUCACCUGUCCCCAGAAGAAGUGAACCAAGCUCCGGUGUUUGUUCCCAUUGGCCUCCGGUCUCCAAACCCAGUUCCUGCUCAGGUUGAGGAAACCAUGGAAGAGCUUGAAAUUUCCGUGAAUAUCCCAGAUGCACCACCUGAAGUUGAUGUUGAAUGUCAGCCACUUAUUAGAGAUGCGUCAUCUGUCAAAGCGAUGGAAGAUCAAAAUUGGAAUCUACCAUCACCUAAAACAACUGCACAUGACGAUUCUGUUGAAGAAACAGGAUUCAGUGAUGGGUGCACCGAAGCUGCUAUGGCUCUUCUUACCAUCGGCGAUAGAGUGUUCCAGUCCCAGAUGAGCACCGAAGGAAUUCUUCAGAUUCUUCCUGAAUACAAUUUGGAGAAUGUGAGCUAUACUUCCAAUAGCCACGAGAAUGUAGCACAAAUCGUGGUUCCUAGACAUGAGGCACUUUCUCCCCCCAGCUCGGAUCCAGCCCUUCUGGCUCUGGAGAGUAACCGGAAUAGUGCAAAGGAGCAGCAGGAGACUGAAGAAGAGCUGGAUUUAGCUGAGAAAGAAGAGGGAAAUGCUACAUCUUCCAGUUGUGCGUCCUCCAGUACCACGUUCUCUAAACUGAAACCCAACCUUAAUAGACCACCCGAAACAAAUAGUUUGGUUCCACAGAAAGUUCCUAGUUUGAUUGUAACUCUGGGGCCAUCAGUGGAAAGUCCAAGUGAACCAGAGGGGAAUGCCUCGAAAGGGACAGGACUUCAAGAAGUAGAUUUGAGACUGAGUGGUGAACCAGAGAGCAGAGUGCAGCCCAAUUUGGCAAAUCUUCCCAGUUUGGGAAUCCACCAUGAUGCUGAAGAAGACAACCAAGUGGAAAGAACAGGAAAUGAAGAAAAGGAAUGUCAAGGGCUGCAAACUCCAGGAACAUCUCCAAAGGCACGAUCCCAACCCCACGACCCAGACGCUAGUACUAACCAGAGCCCUUCCAAGGAGCAGCCCAGGGGUUCCCAAAAAGAUGGACAUGAUUUGUUUGAGGUCCAGUUGACACAGGGUUCUUGCAAAGGCGACGUGGAUUACAGUUCCAUACACACCACACAUCCCUACCACCUCUGCGUUGUGGAAGGAGCAUCCGGUUCAUUGGGUUCACUGCCAACUGGUAAUGUGGAGUUGGCAACAGUGCUUCAUAAAAUGCAGGAAAAUGUUUCAGAAGCUCAUCAACAGAAUGUAAUCAGUGCAGAUGAAACGACAGUGAAUCUGAUCGCCGGUGAGCAUUCCUAUGAGGAAAAUGGCGAACAGACAUUUAUUUUAACCUUGGUGGAAAUUCCGACGGACUUUUCGGACGCAGGUGCCUCCCUACCGCUAGCGUCAAGCUCAUUGCUGCCAGUGCCCAUAUUGGUCAACCCAGUUAACUCAAAAGUAGAAGGAAUAAUGGCAAAACAGAGGGAUGAGUUCCCAGUAGCUUCAGCUAGUGAAGAAGUUACGGAUUUAGCCCGUGAUGGUGGAAACUGUAUUCCAGAACAGUGCGCAAAAUCACCAACUGAUUUAAGCCUGACACCUAAGAAAAGGCUUGCUAGCAGCCUUAAUGAAGUUAACUGUAUCUCCCCGGCCAAGAAAACCCUGGCUGCUUCAGCUGACGAUUGUCUGGAAAGCCGCCCUGAGGUUCUUUCAACAGAUUUGAAAGAUGUUCCAGAUCCAGCUCCAGAUAUUCAUCUUCUUCCGCCUGAAGGAGACGCUUGCGGAAAGCCGAAGACUCCUCAGCUGGAAACUUCACCUACCUCAGGAAGCGUGCGUGUUCCCACAGGCUCCCCUCAGGCCCAGGAUGAGCAGCCGGCAUCUCUUCAGACCUUAGAAACUGGGCCUCUUGCCUCAGCGAGUCACAGAGACAGGGAUCAGAAUGUUCCUCAGCUCCCUCAAGAGGGAAGAGUGCCCUGUAAUGAGGAAGGCACCAUUCAUAAAGCCGAAAAGAUGGAAAGGACCCCAUCUUCUUCCAAAGCCCCAUUAUCCAGGCGUGGUCGAAAACCUCUGGGAUUUUUAUCUUUAAUAUGUAAGAAGAGUAACUCAGAAUCUGAAGAAUCCACAUUUGUAACUAGUCAAAGACUCAUAAAGCCUCGUAUACCUGUGGCAAGACGUAUGAUAAAAAGAAAUGCUUCAUCUAACGAGGACAAGAAAGAAAACGAAGAGGCAGAGCCCCUUCCAUCUACAAGUACCGCUCCCGACGCUGCGUCUGAGGAUGCAGGCAGCUCAGUGGCUCAGGUUCCCCGGGGCCAGGCGUCAGAAGAUGAAGGUUCCAGGAGCGAUAAAGAGUUGGAAAACGAGGAAGGGCCAACCAGGAUAUCUGAGUAUUUCUUCAGUGAUAUAUUUAUGGAGGUGGAUGAUGCUGAGUGAAACAGAAGCUCCAUUGAACUUGAAGUUCCAAGCCUGAAUUGUCACCACAAAGCAGUAUUGAUACAUAAAAAGGGUCCCUUGUCUGUUCUCAGGGUUUUUCUGGAUUUAAGGGUCUGAAGUUCAAAGGUUAUAUAGAAUCAUUGGAAAGCAGUGUUGCAUUUUGCCUAACUCUGGAAGGUUGGGGCAUAAUGAAAACAUCUGAAAAGAUGAAUGGGAGACCUGUGCAAUCCAACAGAAAUCAUAACUUGAGUUUACUUUGGGACCCUACUCCAUUUUCUAGAUUCCCAUCACUGUUAAGGUGUCCCAUGAGUAAAUAAAUGUCAGUUCCUGAAUCACAGUGCUGAAGCAUCUGGAGGUCGAUUGUACAUGCUAUUUAGUAAACUUCUUUUUGCGAAGUAACCCUGUAGCAGCGGGAUUUUAUAUUUAUCUCUGUAAAUAGACAGAACGCGAGACUUUGCUUCAGUGUAGUAAAUUUACAACGUUUUCUUUUGAUGACUGUUUUCCAAAAUGGAUAUUUUUGUAUAGUAAAAGAAUCCACAUGGAUGGAAGAAUGGGAAGAGAUUCUAAUUGAAAGCAAGUGUUUAAUGCCCUUCUGUUUGAAGACAUGAACCUUUAAAGAAUAUAUUUAUUUUAAUUUAUUUAAAAAGGAUUGCUGGUCUUUUUUAAGCAGUUCCACCUGCCACGCUUGAUGGCGAUGAAGACAUUAGAGCUAUGUUCUGGAGGUACCCAAACCUCCCUUCUCAUCUUAAUUUCAGAAGAAUUAAAAUCAUGAUCAUGGACAGCUGACUGUGCUUGGGGCAUUUACUAUUCUGAAGCUAGCUUAACUGGAAUAUUUCUUUCUCAUUUCUUAAAAUUUUUUGCCACUAUAUUGAGAAUAUUUUUAACUUUUUAAAAUUCUAGGGUAAUAUUGGGAUUAGCACAAGAAAAAAAUAUUUUUUAACUUCUCUGGUUAAUCAGGAAAGGUAUCUUUCAAUAGUAACAUAAAUCCCACGUAAUAAAGUCUUGCUCACAAAUACACAGGAAGAGGGUAAUUUUACUAGUUGAAAUGAAUAUGUAAAUUUGCAUUAAACUAAAGUAGAAUUUUCUCUGCACUUCAAACUGCAAAAUUUGCAUUAUAAUUUCUUUGAGUGCUAUGGAGAUCCAUAUGGAUAAUUCCCCUAACAUCAAUCAAACCGUGUUCCAUAGUGGUUCGUGUAAAUCCCUGAAGAACUGUUGGUCUUUAUCCUAAUUUCUUUUGAAGAGGUUCCUUCAUUAUUAGUGCAUGGAACAGUAUGUUUUAAUUACCUUGGCAAACUUCUCCCACCUUUGUUCAUUUCUUUGUACCUGAGUCAUGCCUAAAGGUAAAAUUGUACUGAAUGUAAUCUGAAAUAAUUGGAAAGUCCAGUGGAAACAGCUUUGUAAAAUCAAAAUUAUACCACCUGUGAAGAUCUGCCCUCUUAAAUGGGAAGAACAUUAGUAAAGAAACAAAAAAAAAAAGAGGUAAAUACAGAAUACUGGGAAUCUAUUACUCUUUAAUUACUGCCCCUAUGGCACCUACUCCCUUCUCAGAAAUGAAUGUGCAGUCUUUUGUGUGUAAACCAGAUGGUGUGGGAGAAAAAUUCUCAAAGUCAGUCAGAAAGCAAGUAAAGGACAUUAUUUUUACCUGGAAAAUCAUUCUUAAAAAUCUCUUAAUAAACUAGACAGUUGAAUUUCUAGAAUGCAGCCUGAGGAGAAUGUGGAGCCUAAUUGGAAUCCUUUUUUGGGGAAAUUUUUUUUUUAAUUAAAUACCUAGGAUUAAAAAAUGGCAUUAUCUUAUUGCUAUUUGCAAGUCUGUUUUCUUUAGAAAAUAUGUAUUUUUGAUUUGAGAAUGAAACUGAUAAACAGGAUUAUUUUGCCCUUUCUGUGGUGCUUUCUAGUAUGAUCAUUGCUUAAAAAAACCUCAUGCAGGCUAAUUUUAUUUUAAAAAGUCCAUUUUUACUAUGCAAUGUGUCAAAUUCAUUGUUAUUCUUGAAAUUCCAAGUCAGCUAGUUAAAUGAUCCAACUGGUAUACCCGUAACACUAACCAUGGAGAAGAAAUUUAAACAAUUUCCCGUGCAUCACUGUUUGCUAACAUGAAAACAAAAUUGUAUAUAUUUAAAAUAUAAUGGAAAUGACAAAGGUUGCAAAAGCAAUUUGUAACUUGCAAAUCAGAGAUUUAUAAGAUCAGCAGAUGGUUUUAGGUGCCUCAUCUCUUUUGGGAAGUGCACAGAUUAUAGAAUUUUUACCUCAUUUUUCUCAGGGCCAACAUUAUGUUCUUUUAAAGGAAUGGUUUCAGAAGGGCAGUCUAUAUUCCCCGGGGUUAAGAGAACAAAAAUCAAAAUGUCUAAUUAUGGCUGAAAGAUUAAAGGAGAACAAGAAACAGCAUUCCAAACAGCACCCUCUGUUUGCAGACUUGAAAUUUGAAAGAAAAGUGACCAUGUAAACUAUGUUGCUUGAAUAUUCUUUAUCAGAGAAAUUCUAUAUUGUAAUAUGGCUUAUUUGUAUGCUUUCUUGUUUCAAAGAAAGCCAAAGUGUUGUAUACAUUGUAAAUUAUGUGAAUAAUAAAAAAUUAUUGCUCUUGUU